AUGUCCUUCACGCUGAUGGCCUGCACCGAUAUUCGGGGGCAGAAGGUGAACAUCGAGCUCCCCUUUGAGCAGCCGCCCUCCUCGAUGGAGGUGUUGCGGUCUACCCUCGAGCAUCUGUUCCGUCGAGAGGAGGAGGCAAUCAAGUACUCGAUGGGCUACACAGACAUGCGCGCGUGCGAGCCCUUCACGAUCAACCGCCUGCAGCGCUACGACGACGACUCGCAGCGCUGGGCAGAUGUUACGUCCAUUGACGUGCUCCAAACGUACGACCAGAUCUACGUGUUUCGCAGGAACAGCACCAAGGCGGACAUCUCCACCCAGCGAGAGCUGCCACCACCCAGGAUGUCGGAGUUCUUUCACGACCCGGCUGCCCCUGGGUCCUUCCACACGCCACGCGGGUCAUUACGCAUGAAAGAGAACGGUACCGCAGCCGCUUCGGUUCCCACCAGCGGUGACUACGGCGGGAGUGCGUCACCGAACCAGGCGCGUCCCAGCGCUGGCAGUAGCCUCUACAGGGGCGGUGGUGCCUCUGGCUCCGCGCCGGCCGCACGGCCUCCGGAGCGCUACCCCGAAGCCGACCCUUACCCGGUGUCAGCGCCACCGCCUACCUCUGCCGCGGCGCUGCCGACACCACCGCCGUCGUCGUCUUUCUACUACAAGGAGCGCACCACACCGGAGCGGGUGGAGUACCUCUUCUCCUUCGGCAGUCAGCACAACGGCAGCGCCUUUCUUACAGAAAAGGCGUUCGAGCACAUUUUUCUCGUGGCCAGUGUUGCCUUCCCGGUCGAGGUUCUGCAGGACCUCUUCGCCCACUUCGCCACACGCGGGGAUGGUGGUGUGGGUACGGCGACCAUGAGUCAGGAGAGCUUCCAAGAGUUCGCCACGUACUUCCCGGUCCUGGUGAACAUCGCCUACCAGCGCAUCACAAACCGAAAUCGUGAGGAGGCAAUUCGCGCAGCGCAGCUCGACAACGCCAAGCAGGUAAAACAGGCGCGGCGCCAGCUGCAGGAAUUGGAGGCCCGACUCGAAGCCGCACGCAAGCAGGUGCAGGAGGCCGAGCAACGCGAGGCUCGCCUGCAGGAGGACCUCUACGAUAUUAGCAUGCAGCGUGAUCCGGAGUAUUGCCAAGAUGAGCAGAAGCUUCUGGACAAGGAGGUGAGCGUCUUCAAGUACCGUGAGCGACUGUCCCGCGAGGAACGCGACUAUGAGCGACUAGCUAUCGAGCGACGGAAGCGCGCCGUGGCAGCCGCGGGGCGUUCCCGGUCUCACUCCCCACAAGGGACGUACGACCCGAGCCGAUAUGGCCCCCGUGAUUAG